UGGGAUUACAGACCUGUGCCACCACGCCCGGCUCCCUUUUCCAUCUUUUGUUGCCCUUGUCCCUACUCUUAGCAGUUCACAUUUAUUAUUCCUUUCUGCGGCGCUCAGAGCCCGCCUUUCCCCGACUUCUUGUUCCAAUUUUCCCGCGUCAGGGGCGCUUGUCCAAUCGGGGAUAUAAUUGUCUCUUUAUUCCCCGCCUCUUUGUAGAGUUAUGAUAAUGAUUUGUGAUUGGCUGCUCUAGGGUAGAGUUGACCAAUGGCAGGCAGGCUUUUUUGAAGCCGAGGGGCACCAAGUAUUAUCCCCGAUGAUUGGCUACAGUAAAGCGUCAGGAAAAUGGCCGCGACUAUGUCUGUAGUCCCUGUGGCCGUGACGGCUGCGGGGAUGCCCGGCCUGUCCAUCAGCGCAGACUUUUCAGAUUUGCGGGAAAUUAAAAAGCAGCUGCUGUUCAUUGCGGGCCUCACUCGGGAGCGGGGCCUGCUGCACAGUAGCAAAUGGUCCGCGGAGCUGGCCUUCUCUCUGCCCGCCUUGCCUCUGGCCGAGCUGCAGCCGCCGCCGCCGGUGACAGAGGAGGAUGCCCAGGAUAUGGAUGCUUACACCCUGGCCAAGGCCUACUUUGAUGUUAAAGAGUAUGAUCGGGCAGCGCAUUUUCUGCAUGGCUGCAAUAGCAAGAAAGCCUAUUUCCUGUAUAUGUAUUCCAGAUAUCUGUCUGGAGAGAAAAAGAAGGAUGAUGAAACAGUUGAUAGCCUAGGUCCUUUGGAGAAAGGACAAGUGAAAAAUGAAGCCCUUAGAGAAUUAAGAGUGGAACUCAGCAAAAAACAUCAAGCUCGGGAACUUGAUGGAUUUGGCCUUUAUCUGUAUGGUGUGGUUCUUCGAAAACUGGACUUGGUGAAAGAGGCCAUUGAUGUGUUUGUGGAAGCUACUCAUGUUUUGCCUUUGCACUGGGGAGCCUGGUUAGAACUCUGUAACCUGAUCACUGACAAAGAGAUGCUGAAGUUCCUGUCUUUGCCAGACACCUGGAUGAAAGAGUUUUUCUUGGCUCAUAUAUACACAGAGUUGCAGCUGAUAGAGGAGGCCCUGCAAAAGUAUCAGAAUCUCAUAGAUGUGGGCUUUUCUAAGAGCUCAUAUAUUGUUUCCCAAAUUGCAGUUGCCUAUCACAAUAUCAGAGAUAUCGACAAAGCCCUCUCCAUUUUUAAUGAGCUGAGGAAACAAGAUCCUUACAGGAUUGAAAAUAUGGACACAUUCUCCAACCUCCUUUAUGUCAGGAGCAUGAAAUCUGAGUUGAGUUAUCUGGCUCAUAACCUCUGUGAAAUUGAUAAAUAUCGUGUAGAAACAUGCUGUGUAAUUGGCAAUUAUUAUAGUUUACGUUCUCAGCAUGAGAAAGCAGCCUUAUAUUUCCAGAGAGCCCUGAAGUUGAAUCCUCGGUAUCUGGGGGCCUGGACACUGAUGGGGCAUGAGUAUAUGGAAAUGAAGAACACCUCUGCUGCCAUCCAAGCUUAUCGACAUGCCAUAGAAGUCAACAAGCGGGACUACAGAGCUUGGUACGGCCUCGGGCAGACCUAUGAAAUCCUUAAGAUGCCAUUUUACUGCCUUUAUUAUUACAGACGGGCCCACCAGCUCCGGCCCAAUGAUUCUCGUAUGCUGGUUGCUUUGGGAGAAUGUUAUGAGAAACUCAAUCAACUAGUGGAAGCCAAAAAGUGUUAUUGGAGAGCUUAUGCUGUGGGAGAUGUGGAGAAAAUGGCUCUGGUGAAGCUGGCAAAGCUUCAUGAGCAAUUGACUGAAUCAGAACAGGCUGCCCAGUGUUACAUCAAAUAUAUCCAGGAUAUCUAUUCCUGUGGGGAAAUAGUGGAACACUUGGAGGAAAGCACAGCUUUUCGCUAUCUGGCCCAGUACUAUUUUAAGUGCAAGCUGUGGGAUGAAGCUUCAACUUGUGCCCAAAAGUGUUGUGCAUUCAAUGAUACCCGAGAAGAAGGAAAAGCCUUGCUGCGGCAAAUCCUGCAGCUGCGGAACCAAGGCGAGACUCCUACAGCUGAAAUGCCUGCUCCCUUUUUCCUCCCUGCCUCACUGUCUGCUAACAACACUCCCACACGCAGAGUGUCUCCACUCAACUUGUCUUCUGUCACUCCAUAGCAGCCUACUUUCAAGACAGCACAUUGCUGCACCCAUGUUAGGCCAUACCUCCAUAUAAAGAACAGCACAUCUGUUGCCCCAAGGACCACAGCGCUUCUCAUUUCUACAGAUGGAAACAGCUCCUUGGGGAGGUUGUGACCUUCAGAGGCAGACAGAAUAAUACUGGCAGGCGUACACACUGUUCUGUGUUUUGCCAGUUAGAAGCACCUCUAUCUCCCUUCUGUUCAGAGUGUGACUACAGAUCUUGCCCCUCCCCUCAACAUCCCUUUUACAGCACUUUAGCACCGACGAUGCUGCGGGAACAAGGUUUUAAUGCUGCUGGGAGUGGGGCAGGAAAGGGAGAGGCCUGCCACUACCCUCUUGGCACUAAGGGCCCUGAAGCCCUAGAAAGGGGUUAGGGCACUAGCCAGAAUUAACUUGCAUUUGCUGAGCAUGACCCCUAUUCUGAUGUCAGAGAUUAGAUUUAAAUGGAGUGGAGUUAAUUUCUUAUUCCACAAGACAUUCUUCAAAAGUUUUGAAAAAGUCUCCUAAAAGCUUUCAAAUCUAAAGUAAUGGGUUGAAUAAAAAAAAGAGUAGAAAGAAACCCAGUGUGUGAACUGUUGUUGACCUUUUCUGAGGGCAAAGAUAGCUUUAGUGUUAGUAAUACUCCUACCAAAGCAAAGCUAGGAGCAGGAUUACAGAUAGUGUCAUGUGUAUUUGAAAAUAACUUCUUUGUGUGGUACUGGGGAUUAAACCCAGGUUCUUCACACUGAGCUGCAUCUCCAGGCCUUUAAAAAACAAUUUUUUUUUACAUUUUGAGACAGGAUCUCUUCCUUAGUCACCAGAUUGCCCAGGUUGGGCACGAACUUGCAAUUCUCCUGCUUCAGCUUCCCACAGUGCUGGGAUCGGAAGUGUGCACUGCCACCAUGUCUAGCCGUGCUAGUCUGUUUUAAUAAACACUUGAUGUAAGAAGUU